UAAAAAAAAUUGCUAUGGCAUACUGUGAAAAAGGGGUUAUUGUCGUCCAUCUUGUUUCACAUCGUCGGUUUCUUUAUCGUGGUGGCGUCUCGAGUGAUAUUUUGUGUAUGAACAAUUAGUGGUAUUAAAGUUUAAUUAUUAAUGAAAUCGGUAAUAGUUUAUUUGGAGUCUACAAUAAUUUCAAUACGAGUUGGAGGUGAUCGUAAGAGACAUCGUUAGAGAGGGCAGCAAAGGGUCGAGACUACUUAGUAAAAAUGUUUGCAACAAAUACUUGCUUAGAAAUAUUGGUAACAGAUAAGAAAACAGGGGAAGAAUGGCAAUGUAAUUAUGACAAUUUAUUUAUUGAAAAUUUAACCCAUAAAACUGGAAAUUACAAGCAGUUUGAUAUUUUCGUAACGAUGAUUAAAUCUGGUCUCUUAAAAACCAGUUCUUCAAUCAGUUUAAAUCUUUUGACGCUCGAAGACCUGGAAGCCAUGAGAAUAAAACGUUUAAGGAGUCACUUAACAUGUACCCACUCCACUACAUGUGAAAACCAAAACAGAAGAUACCUAAUAAUUACCUACACCGUAGAAUUUGAUAGAAUACACUAUCCGAUACCGUUGGAAUACUGUGGAGCCCCCGACCCCGUCGUUCUACAAGCUACAAUACAUAGACUUGAGGAAGAAAUUUUAACGCUGAAGCAGAAGAAAGAUAACAGACUCGAUAACCAGAAGAAUUUUGUAUUAGAGAGAAGAAUCGAUGAGUUAAAUACAGAAAAUAAAGAGUUGCGUGAAGAAAUACGGCAAUUAAAGAAACUUAAUGGUAAAACGCAGAAGAAUGAAGUUUACAUGUUACAAAAGGCCAUAACGAACUUGGAAAAAAGUAUUAUGAAUGAAAGACGGUCUCAUCACAAACUUGUAGAAAAACUGCGCACCGAAAAGAAAUAUUUAAUAGAUGAAGUUGAAAAGCUAAAAAAUAACGAAAAAAUACUAAAAUCUCAACUUAGAAAAGUGUCAGUCAGUCCUUCCAGAAUGUCAGUUAAUGGCAUGGGAAAAUUCCCGGUCAAAAAAUCGGAAUCAGUACAACUGAUUUAUCAGAGAAGUCCCACUUCUAUAAGACGAAAUUACAGUCACAAUCAACCUAUUAAAGUUAAACCCGAAUCGCCAAAGUAUAAACGCUUAGAUAAUUUGGAAAAGUCGAACUCCAGAACUAUUUCUAGAGCAAGGAACGUAUCUAGUACCACAAGAAUGAGAAGCAGAAGUAGUUCUGCUUCAAGUAGUCUGAGAAGUCAGUUAUCACCUUUGAAGAGGCCUAACACAUUCCAAGUAAAGGAUUUUACCUACAAAGAUAGGACUUCACGUAGAUCAAGAAGCAACUCAGUUUCAUCUGUUGAUUCACCAGGAAGAAAAUCCGCGAAUGCUAAAACUAUGAAGAGAAGCAUGUCCAAUUUUCAGAAUAAUGAUCUCGAUUUUCAAAUAUUAGAAGAACGAAUAGAAGUGUUACAGAAACUACUGAACGAGAAUAUCAAACUUCAAUAGAAAAAAUUCAAAAAUACUGUAUUUAAAUAUUUUUUUUUAAGAAAUGUAAGUUGUCAUAAAUUCAACUGUAUUUAUUGCCCUAUUAAAUCAGAUUAGGUCG